CCCCCCAGAAUACUUUUUAAUUGUGUUAUCCAUCUGUGUCACUGAGCCAUCAAAAUGUUCCCCAAAUUCCAACAUACCAAGUGGCCUUCUGCUCCCAGAAGGGCCCAAUGGUUACUGUCCCUCUUUCUCUGUUUAUGGAAACCUCACCUGUGUCAUCUUUCUAAGCAGAUGGAUCUGUAAGGGAAGGGCAUUUGCUGAAUGGCGACAAUGCUUAAAAUUAUGCACUCUUGAAAUAUUAUUAUUGAAAACAUUUCAAUCUGCUUAAUUUCAGUGCCCUGGGGCAAGGCCCCACCAUAAUUACCAGGCUGGAGGGCAGGUGGGACCGCUUGGAAAUCCCAGAUGCCAGCCCCAGGGGUUGGGCCUUCAUCUCACCGGGUAGGGAUGGAAGUGGGCUGCCGGAGGAGGAGGUGCAAGAACCGGCCGAGGUGAGGUUAAGGGACUCCAGGAAACUGCUUGGCCAGGCCGACUGGGAGACACGGGGUCCCAGGAGGGCAGAGGCGUGGCCAGAAGCCAGGCAGUCCUGAGCACCAGCAAGCCAGACAGAGGGCGGCCGGGACACCAGGAGCACCAUCGCGGGGGGGCCACUGGGGGGCGCCGCGCGGACGGGGUCGGGAGCGCCCGCGCCCACCACACCAAAGAAGCUGCCGCUGGCUGCCAAUGGGGGGCGCCGUCGUGGGGCGAGCCCUGGGAGCGGCGUCGCGAGAGGAGCGCCGCGGCUUCGCUGCUUCUCGGAGAUGGAGCUCUGGUGUGGGGCGCUGGCCGGCAGGCGCAGUCCCCCGCGCGCGGACGUCCGCCCUUGACCACGCCGGGCUCCUGCUGAUGCUACUGCUGUUACUGCUGCUGCUGCUGCUGCUGCUGCUGCGGCCCGCGGGUGCCCCGCCCCCGCCCCUCCUCCCACAGGCCUGGCCUCCACCUCUGAUCCUCUCCGUCCUUCCACAGGUUGCUUGGGUGCUGGCGAAGUGCCGGGGGCACUGUCCACGGAUGCCCCCGCUGACCUUGGCGCCCCCUGUGCCCCCAGUGCCACCUGUCCCUCGGGCGGAUGUCGCUUUCCCCGGCAGGCUGCCACUAGCCAGCUGCCCAGGACCCUGCAGUACUCUGCUUCUAAAGCCGACGAAGCUUGAGCGGCCACUCAAGUACAACAAGUAUGUCUGGCCCAUCUGCCUGCCUGGCUUGGACUAUGCGCUAAAGGACCACGCCCUCUGCACUGUGACAGGCUGGGGACUCCCCAGGGUUGAUGGUGUGUGGCCCCAGUUCAGGACCAUCCAGGAGAAGGAAGUCACUAUCCUGAACAGCACGGAGUGUGAAAGCCUCUACCACAGGUUCUCCAAAAUCCCCUCUCUGAUUCAUAUCAUCAACUCCCAGAUGAUUUGUGCAAAGGACGUCAACAGGAACAGUUUUGCUAUGUGAGCAUCUCUUCCCCCUUGCUCACUUGCCUCCAAGGGCACCUGGCCAGGAAUGGGGCUGGGGGCACAGGGAAGGCAGGACCUGCGGGGAGGUGGGGAAGGGGAUGGGGAUGAGCAGGGGUGCCUGAGAGGGAAGAUAGGAAGUUGGGGGAAGGGAGAUUUGAUGAGGAAUGGAGAUUGGGAGGACAGAGAUGAAGGUUGGGGUGAGAGAGAUGGGGAGAGGGGAUGGAGGUUGGAGAUGAGGGAGAAGAAUGGGAGGUAGUGGGAAGAUGGAGGGUGGGUGUUAAAGAGAUGGGGGAUGGAGAACUGGCAAGAGAGAGAUGGGAGGUGGAGCCCUUGGAGGAAGGUCUCCUGGGUCAGGACCUCAAGGGCACCCCUCAGCUGUGUGAUACUCGGGGGCUGCAGGGAAGGUCUGAUGUGAGGGCACCCUGCUUCUUCCUGAGCUGGAUUAAGUCUCCCUUGGACCACAUCUGGCCUCCUUUUUUGUUUCCCCCACCCCUCCCCACAGGAGAUAAGUGGUGAGCCCUUGGCCUGUC